AAGCCUAAUCCAAGUGUCGAACUAUUCCACUAAUCCACUCACCUGCGGCCUACUGAAGUUCUUAUGCGAAGAUUGAAGAACGAAGGUCGAAGAGGAGCCUGGCAGCUUGCGACGAGCCGACGAAGACGCUGUGAACUGCGAACACCAGCUGACCUGCGGCCACCAGCCGCGCUGCCGGACGCCGUCGCCCACUCGGCCGUGUUUUCUCUCCGGCUCUCCGCUCUACCUGUAGCUCCUGAGCUCCAGCCUCUAGGUGACCAGGUGAUACAAGUGCCCCUCUGUUCUACUUCAAGUUCUAACCUUAUCAAACCUUCUCCAGCAAAAAUACAAUUAUUAGAUUUAUUUUAGUGUAAAUAUCUGGAACCCCAAAAGGGUGAAUGUUUUAGAGUUUAGACAGUUCUGCACGCUACUGAACACUCUGCGAUGGGAAAAGCUAAGAAGUCCCCCAAAUUCGCCGUUGUGAAGAAGAUAAUCUCUCAGAAAACGAUAAAACAGUAUAAAGAAGAUGUGUUGAACCCAAAUAAGAAAGAUUUGAGUAAGAAGAAGCUUCCACCUAAUGUGCCUUAUAUUUCUUCUGCCCUUUUCUUCGAGUAUAACACUGCAUUGGGGCCCCCAUAUAGAGUGCUGGUGGAUACCAACUUCAUCAAUUUCUCCAUUCAAAAUAAAUUGGAUUUGGAGAAAGGGAUGAUGGAUUGUUUGUUUGCCAAAUGCACUCCUUGUAUUACGGACUGUGUGAUGGCUGAGCUUGAGAAGCUAGGUCAAAAAUACCGUGUUGCCCUCAGAAUUGCUAAGGACCCUCGGUUUGAAAGGCUUCCUUGUAUUCAUAAAGGGACUUAUGCUGAUGACUGUCUUGUUGAGAGGGUUACUCAGCACAAGUGUUAUAUUGUCGCAACAUGUGAUCGAGAUUUGAAGCGGAGGAUCCGCAAGAUCCCGGGAGUACCAAUUAUGUAUAUCACUCAACGCAAGUAUUCCAUAGAAAGGAUGCCUGAAGCAACAAUUGGUGGAGCUCCGAGAAUGUGAUGGGAAUGAUAUCUGAACUUGAUUGAGGCAAUAUAGCUCCAUCUCUUGAACUUGAUAAAGCCCUUAUUGUAGCAUUUUUGGUAGUGCCUUUUGUCUCAACAGCUUUGUAUGAACUUGAAUCGGCUUUAGUGUAAUUGGGCACAAUGUCAUGUGUUGUUGGAGAUGGUUACCUUCCUUGUGGAUUUGUUAUAAAAUUUUAAAAUGGUGUUACUGAAAGUAUUAAUGUGGUAGUGUUGUUGCAACUCCCCCGCAAUUGACCUGUUCUAACAGGACACCAAUUCACGAAAUAUCUACUAGGAAAAUUACUGUUACCCGAGAUUGGGUUAUGAUAGUUACUACUAGUCGACCAUGUCUUUUAAAAGUCAAUUAGUUACUGCCUUGAUUACUAUUCUCUUGUGAUGCCAUGUAAUGGCCAAAUUUAACAAGUCUAGCAAACACGUUUCAUUCUGGAUUAUAACUUACGGUUCUGC